AUGGUGGAGCAUUUGAAGGGAUGCCAUUAUUCAAAGCCUGAGGAGGAACACCAACAAGAAAUACAAACAGUCAGUAGUAAAAGAGUGGAGGAUUCGGCUGAUGAACCCAAGUCGGGGGAUUUCAGUUACAUUCUGUCAGAAAUGAAGAUGACUGAGUCGUUUAAGGUACCGGAAGCUUGUGGAAUGUGGAUAAAAAGAGAGGUAGACAAAAAAUUGCCAUUUCAAGAGAAACAUGUUAAGCAGCAGGCGUCGAUUCUUGGAAACAUGGAAGAUUUUGGGGUAACAAAGAGUUUCAUAGCAAAGGAGAGAGCUGACUGUGACGAUGGCAAUGGGUUCCCUGUGAGCGAUGACUGUGAUUAUAGCAAUGGUGUCCCAGCAGUGGUUGAGUUUGGAGUGGGAAGAGGAUACUUGACACAAAUGCUGGCGGAUUGUUAUGGCAUUAAAAGGGUCUUUUUGGUUGAAAGGAAGUCAUACAAGCUGAAGGCUGAUCGAUCCUUGUGA